AUGGCAAUAAGGUUGACCCUUUUUUGGGCUGUUGUGUCACUCUCAAGUAUCAUUAGUAACUUGAUGUCUAUUGGGUUGUUAGCGAUACAUGAGGAUGGAAAGGAAGGCUGGAGAUGGUUGUUUCUUUAUGAAGGUCUUAUCUCCCUUAUUUUUGGAAUUGCUUCCUUCUUCUUUAUGGUUCCCGGACCAACACAAACGAAGAGCAAGCUUUUUCCAAAUGGAUAUUUCACUGAAAGAGAAGAGAAAAUCAUAGCCAACAGAUUGGUUCGAGAUGAUCCUUCCAAAUCAGAUAUGCACAAUCGGCAGGCAGUCAGCGUGAAGCAAUUUUUUCAAGCUUUGUCAGAUUACGAUAUUUGGCCGCUACUUCUUGUUUCGUUGACGUUUUUCAUUCCCUAUUAUCCAGUUUCAAACUACUUGAAUAUCAUUUUGAGGCGUAUGGGGUAUUCCACAAAUGAAACCAUUUUUCUCAACAUCCCCAUUGAGUUUAUCUACAUGGUCACUAUGAUUGGCAUCUCGAUUUUAAGUGAGAUUGUGGACGAAAGAGCAUUCAUUUGUAUCAUUCCACAAAUAUGGAUGCUAGUUCCCAUUGCUGUUGAAUAUGCCAAUGCCAAGUGGAUCCUGUCAUGGGGCAAAUAUGCAAUUAUGUUUGUUCUCCUUGUCGCCCCCAACGUUCAGGGUGUUUUAGUGUCUUGGAUAUCUCGAGUUUCAUAUUCCGUUAGAACGAGAACCGUGGCAUCCCCAAUGUCCAAUAUUGGUAUGCAACUAGCAAAUAUUGUAGGACAAAACGUUUAUCGUGCUGACGAUGCACUGCUCUACUUUCGAGGUAAUAGGGCCCUUAUUGGAAUUUGUUGCUUGAAUGUGGUCCUUUUUCUUCUUUGCAAGUUUUAUUAUGUUGCAAGAAACAAGUAUAAAAAAGGCAAGUGGGACGCUAUGAGUGAUUCUGAAAAGGAACAGUACCUUUCCAAGCAUGGAGACGAUGGAAACAAGAGACUAGAUUAUCUUUUUGAGCAUUGA